AUGAAGAACUUGAGAUAAAACUAACACUGGACCUUCUCUCUGUGUUUUGUUUGAGACCACCUUAAUCUACACUUCACGAUCACACACCCUUAUCCUUUUCAUAUGUCUGUCACUGCAUGGUCCCUCCCAUUUUCCAAUAUCUCUUUCCUUCACAAACAAACUUGUUCAAUAAUUAUGUCCCUUCUAUCUCUGACAUUCCUCUCUCUUAUCUUCAUUCCUUAAGUUAAUUCCCUCCUCUUCAUCACUCUUUGGAUUCAGAAUUUGAAUUGAUACAGUAAAUAUCCUUUCUUUAUUCACUACCCAUGGCGUGAAGUUGGGGAUUCAUGGUAGGUGGGUGCUUAAUGCUUGUACCUGUGACAAAGUUUUGUGUGAAAAGGAAAUAGGAAUAGAAUAAUAGUAACAGUAACAGUCUAAUAGAUACCCUCUAAAGUUUAAACAUUUUUGUUUAUUUAUUUUGUAAUUGUGUAUAUCUUUUUGGAAUUGAGCGAGGUCUGACCAGUGAUCCCUUUCGCUGUAUAAAUGUUAAAAUCGAGGUAGAUGGGAUUGGAAAGUGAAUUCUAAGCAAAGUUUUUGUUUUUCUUUUCAAGUUACUUCCUUUGGUUAAACACCUUGCUCUCUUAUUCUUUUUUAAGUUCUGGGUUUUGCUUAAACAACAAUUUCCCAUCUCUCCUUGCUUCCUCUUAUUCACUCCAAUGAGCUCUUGAUAGCCCCAGAUCCAGUUCUCAGCUUUGAAAGGGUCUUGGGAGUGGUGUUUCUGCACAAAGGGUUGGUUGUGUUGUGUGGCUCAUGGUGUUCUGUGAGGGAAUAAGGAGUUGCUUCUUUGCCUAUAUUGUGUAUGGACCGUAGGAGUUGGCUAUGGCGAAGAAAGUCAUCUGAGAAAAGUCCAGGUGAAACUGAGAGUUUUGGAUCAAUGUCAUCUCAUUCAGAAAGAUUCUUUGAUGAUCAGGUUUAUUCCACCCAAGCUACUUCAUCUCCAGAAGUCAUGUGUGAGGCUGCACCAAAUGAUGAAGAAGUUACUGACGCGAGGACCCUAAGAGAAAAAUUAUCUGCUGCUCUCUUAAACAUUAGUGCCAAAGAAGACUUGGUAAAGCAGCAUGCUAAAGUUGCUGAAGAAGCUGUAUCAGGCUGGGAGAAGGCUGAAAGUGAAGUGUCGAGUUUAAAACAACAACUCGAUGCUGCCAAACAGAAAAAUUCAGUUCUUGAAUACCAAGUCAGUCAUCUUGAUGGGGCACUCAACGAGUGUAUGAAGCAGCUUAGACAUGCUAAAGAAGAACAAGAGCUAAAGAUCCAUGAAACUGUUGCAAAUAACGCUCAUAGCUUGGAAUCCAACAGAUCCAACCUUGAAAGCAAAGGUGUUGAGCUCAAGACUCAACUUCAAAGAGCUAAACCAGAUGCUGCUACAUCAGUUCAUUCUGAUCUUCACCAGAAGCUUGAAGAUGUGGAGAAAGAGAAUUCAAGCCUUAAAAUUGAGCUGCAAUCUCGACUCGAGGAACUUGAGUUCAGGACCAUAGAGAGGGAUUUGAGUACUCAAGCUGCUGAAGCAGCAAGCAAGCAACAUUUGGAGAGUAUAAAGAAGGUGGCUAAGCUUGAAGCUGAAUGCCGUAAACUGAAAGCCGUCGCUCGCAAAACACUCUCUGCUAAUGAUCACAAGUCUAUGACUGCCUCUUCAGUUUAUGUAGAGUCUUUCACUGAUAGCAUGUCAGACAGUGGAGAGGGGCAAAUUGUAGUUGAAAGUGAUAUGCACAAAUUAGGAGGAUGGGAUAUGAAUGAAGGUGAGCCAAGCCAUUGUGACUCGUGGCCAUCAACUUCAACUACAGAAAUUGAUCAAUUUACGAAUCAAAACACUAAAGAAAAAAAUCUUAUGGUCUUGUCAACUGAGAUCAAUCUGAUGGAUGAUUUCCUUGAAAUGGAAAGGCUUGCUGCAUUGCCAGAUACAGAAAGUGUAAGCAGUUUUCCAGUGGUAGCUACUACAUUUGACCAACUUAAUGUUGGCCAUGGCAUAGUGAAUGCUGAAGUGGAAACUAUGGUUCAAAAGAAUGCUGCAUUGGAAAAGAAGCUAGAGAAAAUGGAGGCAGAUAAACUUGAUUUAGAGAUGGAUCUAAUUGAGUGCCAAAAGCAGCUUGAGGCGUCACAAAGUAGGAUAAAGGAAGUAGAGUUGGAGGUAGUAGAGCUUCAAACUCGAUUAGCUCUUACAAACAAAUCGAAUGAAGAAGCAUAUGAAGAACUAAAAGCAACCCAAGACAAGAAUGAGAUAGCUGAGUCUAAACUCAGAGUUGCUCAAACUGAAGCAGAAGAAUUGGUUUCAAAGAUUUGUUCACUAGAGGAAGAGAUUGAGAAAGAGAAAGCUUUGUCUGCUGAGAAUUUGGCCAAGUGUGAGAAGUUGGAGGAUGAACUUUCGAGAAUGAAGCACGAAGCUCAACUCCAUCAAGAGACUGAGAUACAACAUGAGGCAGGUGUUAAUAGCGAGUUAAAGCAGGAGAAGGAACUAGUAUUGGCUGCUACUAGAUUUGCUGAGUGCCGGAAAACCAUUGAAUCUCUUGGAUUGCAGUUAAAGUCCCUUGCAACAUUGGAAGACUUACUUGAUUCAGAGGUCAACCCUAUGGAGUUAACUUGUGAAGCUACAUCAGCAUCCCAAAACGGUGGUGAACAGUUGAAGUUACAUAAUUUUGAUUUGAGUUUCUCCAAAAGGGAUUCUGAAUCUUCAGGUUCACUAAACCCAUCUAUUACCUAUGCAAAAAACCUUAGUACUUUUGGUAGGUUCCACCCUAGAAGCAAGAGUGUAAGCAGAACAGCUAGUCAUUGAAAAAUGAGAUGAAGAAAAAAAUAAAGUCGUAUAUAUGGUUUAUAAUUAUUCAUGUAUAAAUUCGAACUUACUUGUUUGCAUAUAAAUAGCACCUCUUGCAGAAUCAAAAUUUCUCACACAUUUCAAUUAG